UCGAGCCUGCUCGGCGGUUCAGCCGCCCUCCCAGCCGUCCCCCAGCCCUCGGCGGAGCGGAGGCCAUGGCAUCAGGAGAAGCUGAUAAAUCAGCAAGGAGGAUUGUUGUCACUGGUGUCCCACAUGGCCUUCUGCACCACGAUGUCAUGACUGACAUCCUGAUCAUUCACUUCCAAAAGUCGAGGAAUAAUGGUGGAGAUGUGGAAGAAGUGAAGUAUCCAACAGAGAAGAAAGGAGUUGCCUAUGUAACUUUUGAAGACCCAGCAGUUGUAGAGAGUGUCCUAAAGAAGGAUCAGCACCGACUGGAGGACCAGAGGUUGUCCAGAUCCUAUCCCCUGACAGUAACUCGUUACUGUGGAAAUGUCUUCAGCUCUGUCACAUCUCUGCUCAACAUGUCUGUUUUCAAAGACCACUUGGUUUUAGAAGAGCUGAUCCAAGAGCUUCAGAAGAAGAGCACAGAUCUGAGCUUUGGCCCUCUGCAGCCCAAUGGGACUAUUUCUGUUCAAGGGUCAUUUCCAGCAAUCCAAUCCCUCAGAGACUUUCUCUUCCUUAAAGCAAAAUCCCUGUCAGAGAAGGAGCAAAGAGAAGACCAGGAGUCCCACCAGAGGCCACAGAGGAGGCUGCAGCAGCACAGACUUAGCAGGGAGCCAAAGCAUCCCAGUCAGGAUGGGGAAAAACAAGUGGUGGUUCUGGACACAGACACCUACCACUACAUGAAGUGCUUUUUCCCCAAGAUAUUCCAAAUAAAUGCUGAUGUUGUGAUUUCUGACACCACUGAUGGUGAUGUAACUACAGUCUGCAUUGAGAGCAGGUCUGGUGCUGGACAGGCACUGAGAGUCAGAGAGAACAUUGAAAGUCAGUCUGUAAAACUCCACCAGGUUUUACGUAAGGAAAGGAUCUACUUUGAGAAGUGCACCAGAGAGGAAAAGAACAGAUACACAGCAGUGUGUAAAAGCCUCAGAUCCCUUCAUCCUUCUGUUCUGACCAGUUUUCAUGCUACUCACCUUGAUAUUAUAGGCACUUCUUCAGAGAUUUUUAAAUUUACAAAAGAAAUGAGCAGUAAGAUUCAGAAGCUGUCUCAGGCCAGGUAGGGUGUUAGUGUUCAGACUUUUUACACAGACUCUUCUGGCACAACACACAUCAUCUCUCAUGAGCUUAGAGACCAAAGCUGGGCCUCCUCUGUGCAGACAGAGCCACUUUCCCCCUUUUUAUGAGCUGUGUUCUGGGCACUUGCACACUUGUUCUUGCUGUUGGGGAGCACAUGAUAAGAAAAGGUGUUUUUUUUUUUUAAAAGAAAGAGUUCUCAGUAGCAUAAGAAGUCAGUCUGACAAAGCUGGGUGAGCCAACCUGAUGUAAGAUGCUGCACUGAACUUGCAUUUUUUUAUGCAAGGAGAUGACCAGUGAGAAGAGGGAUGGUGGCCUUUUUCUGCUGCCUUUAUCUGCCAAAAGGGGUUCUUGUCAUUGAGAUGUGUGAAGAAGAUAAAGCUUUGACACUUGAGGGAAUGAAAUGCUUAUUAAUUUGAUAGGCUUGUCAUGUCCUCAGAAGGGCCUUAGAAGACAGCACUGGAAGUUCUUGACAGUAGAAAAUAAGUGAGUUUUUAAUCAUAGGAGCAAUAAUGUGGGGUUUUUUCCCAGCUGUAAUGACAUCUGCAGCAUCCCUUGACAGCAUGUUAUUCAGACAUGAAAGUAUUAUCACAAGUUUUGAUGGGAAAAUCUGGAAUCAGAUUCUGUUCAUGCAAAUCCACUUCUGUAUCCAUUGCAGGGGUCCGAAUGCCUAGACCAAGUUAGGCUUUUUUAUAAAACCAGCUUAGAAAAGAAACCUUUGUUUUGCCAUGUCAGUGUGUUCAGCAGACUUUGUGAAAACAGAGUGCAGGAAAAAAUUCUCAGUUUUAUGCUAUUAAAGAAAUAAGUGAUAAAAAA